AUGGCGAGCAUUAAGAGGAAAGCCUCGGAAGAGAUUAAUCGCUGCUCGGUCACGUACAUCGAGCCCGUUCAAGUACAACAACCUACCACGAAUAACAGCCCCGGCGCACUCAGCAGACUCUGGAGCUGGACCUUGGGCCUGUUUACUACCAUCUGCGCUGUCGUGACAUAUACCAACAUGGGCUACAAGUUGGAAGAUGUCGUAGCGGAGGACCAUAUUCAGAAAUCUACAGAGAGAUCCGAUGGAAACAUCACCGAGAAGCGCCUGAAGACGCGUAGAUCGAAAUCCCAUCCCGAACUACAAGGAUGCACGACCGGCCCUAUUAAUCUCGAAGGCUGCCAUAGCGAGAUCGAGAUUAAACAGCGCGUCGAUUCAUAUUGGACUCCUCCUCCUCUCGGAUUUAAUAAAACCAAGAUGAAUAAGUCAGCAGCCCGGCGACCUCGGACCCCAACAGAUUCGAGCCCAGGAUCCUCGGGGCUGGAUAUACCCUUCGAGAAAAUAAAUCUGCAUCACCCAGAAAACACACUACCAACUCCUAAUCCAUCACCAUCCGCUCAAGGCUCUGCAGAAGAAGGCAAGCGUGGGAUAUCAGCAGAGGGCGCGGCCCAAAAUACCGCAGACAUCACACCCCUACCCCAAUCAACCGUACGAAAAUCGAAAUCACAAGGAAGCCUAGUUGAUCGUCUUAGAGACAUUCUUGUCGAGGAGGAGGAGGACGAACCAAUAUUCCAGGCCUCCACUUACAAGAAGGUAGAGCUCAAGGUUUUGAGAGAAGAGCGCGAGAAGAAGAGAAAGGAUGCUGCAAGGAAAGCAGCGAAAGAGCGCCGACUGCGACGCCAAAACCCUUUGAAACCACUUAUUGCACCUCUGGGUCCCAAAUGGGAGGAUAUGGUCAAUGAGGUCAUAUACUCGAAUGACACUGGCCGGGCGUUCACCACAUCCAGAGAGGGGAAUCCGUUGAGGAAACACGAUUUCAUGACACUGCUUGGUAAUUGUGAAUGGCUAAAUGACGAGAUAAUCAAUACGUACGUCGAGUGGGUCGCGGAUGCAGCAAAUGCAGCAGCCAUUGCCGAAGAUGAAGCAAAUGGAGAGCCUGCAAGUACGGUGCCAAAGGUCUUCGCCCACAACAGCUUCUUCUACAAGACGCUCGAGGAAAAAGGACCUGCACAAUCCGAUAGGCUCAUGAAGCGUAAGAAGAUACCAGGAGUAUCGCUUUUGGAGGUUGAAACGGUUCUUAUUCCAAUCAACAAGGGAUCGCAUUGGACCCUAGGAAUUGUUCGUCCAGUGGCAAGGACGAUUGAGUAUCUUGACAGCAUGGGUGGUAAGGGACCAAACAUCAUUCAGCAUCUACAAGGCUGGGUAAAGCAUAUGCUGGGAAAAAAAUACGUGAGAAGCGAGUGGAAGACGCCCAGGACAUCAUGCGCUUAUCAGUCAAAUGGCUUUGACUGUGGGGUCUUUUUAUGCACGAACGCUUUCUGCGUCGCACUGGGACUGAACCCAAACUGCUAUCGGGAAACAGACCUGGUACAGCAACGAAAGAACAUCGCGGCGGUACUGUUGAACCAGGGCUUCAAGGGGGAGUUUUCAUGGAACUCGGAAGGAUUUUUGUCUUGA